AUGCUCGACAUCCUCAUCCAGUACUCUCCAAAUUGGACGGAACACACGACAUGGCUUGUCAUUGUCGCCUUCAUCUUUGCCUUCUUGGUUUCUUAUGGAAUGGGAGCCAACGAUUCGUGCAAUGACUGGGGACCGGCGGUGGGCGCCGGCACUGUCAAGUUGUAUCAGGCGUAUAUUCUGUCGGGAAUCUUGAAUGUGGCGGGAGCCGUUUUGUUGGGCUACAAAGUGGUCGAAACCCUCCGUACCGGAAUCAUCGAAUUCGACAUUUUCGACGUGUACGCCCAAUACAACGCUACCACCAAUCAAUACGACACCGUCGACUUCUGUGGUAACUCAACGAUAGUCGGCGGUUGGAAAGCGCCCGACAUCCUGCCAGGAGCCACGCCUCUCGAAUGUGCCAAGUACACCUCCAUCGACUUUAUGCUCACGCAAACCGCCUCUUUGGCUGGCUGCGCCGCGUUUAUGAUCCUCUCCUCGUGUUACAAAAUCCCAGUGUCCGCGACACACGCCAUCGUCGGAGCCUCCGUGGCCACGUCAUUCUACAUUCGUGGAAAUGUUGGAAUCAAGUGGGGAGAGAUAAUGAGUAUCGUUGUCUCCUGGUUCAUCUCCCCAAUUAUUGCUGGUGUCAUCGCGGGAUCCUUGUAUUACAUCGUCAAGUUUUCCGUCUUGAUCCGUCAGGACACCUUCAAAUGGGCUCUAAGACUUUGUCCAAUUUUUAUGUGCUUCACUUUGGUCGUUAACUUGUACGCCUGUAUUUUCGAUGGAUCUAAGUACCUCGGCCUUGACAAACUCAGCGCAUUUGAAGCUCUUCUUGUGUCCGUUGCCAUCGGAGUUGCCGGAUGGGCUAUUCUCACUUUCCCACUGAAAAAUUGGCUUCCAAACCGUGCCAAGAAACUUUUCGACAAGGAAACUAUCAAAAUGCAGAAGAGAUUGGAAUCUGGAAAAGCGCCAAAGGGCCACAAAAUCACCGACAUGCGUGAGCCAGACGUGGCCGAUAACAUCAAAGAGCUCCCAUGGUACAAGUACUUCUGGGCGUACGUCCCGGAAGACCGUCUCACCAAAAAAGUGUUCAACACCCUUCAAAUCGUCUCCUCCUCAAUGCUCUCCUUCACCCACGGAGCCAACGACACCGGAAAUACCAUCUCUCCGCUGCUCGCCAUCUGGCUCUGCUAUGAAUCUGGAUACGCGUUCGGGAAUGCGGAGACUCGCGACGACACUCAACUCCUCCUCGGCUAUGGAUCACUGGCGAUGAUCGUUGGAUUCGUGACACUCGGCCAUCGAACUAUCAAACUUUUGGCCCAUGAGAUGACUGUCGAUAUGUCACCUAUCUCUGGUUUCUGUAUUGAAGUCGGUACUGCCUUCACGGUCUUGAUCUGUGUCAAGAUGGGUAUCCCUAUCUCAUCCACUCAUUGUACAGUCGGUGCAGUGGUAUUCGUCGGAAUGGCAAAGUCAACUAGUGAAGGUGUCUCGUUCGGAACAUUCAGGAAGAUCUGCUUCUUCUGGCUACUCUGCUUCCCUAUGGCCGCUAUCAUUGGUGUGGGAACCACGAUGAUUCUUCAACAAUUCCUAUAG